GUCAACAAGUCAAACUGUUUGUUUGAUUCCAAGUUUCAGAGGAAACAGAGAGCACUCUGUCCCGCCGUCCCGGCUACUGCGUACCCACUAUGCAACUUCUCAGUUCCCUCCUUCAAAGAAAGGAAUUUCAAUGAACCUUCUUCUUCAGACAAACAGUACUUCACACACUUAUUAUCCGGAUCCUUUCUUUUGCAAAUUUGCAAUUUAUUCUUUUUCUAUAUAAUCCAAGCUAGCCUCUGUUGUUUGAGAGCCACACAGCAGAUCUACAUUUCUUUUGCGCGCAGGAGCUCAAGGUCCGUGUCUCGCUUUCUAAGUUUCUUACACUCAGGAAAUUUAAGAAACAAGUUGCUAGAUGGCAGCAUCAACAAGUGCAGAAAUUCAAGUCGAAGCAAAUGCUUCAAUCGGAUCAAUUGAACUUCAAAACAGAGCGCUUUCACGCAUAGACUCAGCAAUUGCAGAAAGUCAAGACCAAGAGAAAGGGGCCUUAAUAAUUGAUCUCAAACAUUUGCUAGAAAUGUCUGAGCCUCCCUUCCAUCCCUUAGAUGGAUUUGGUAUCUUCAGGGUUCCACGUGAUAUUCGCGAAUUGAAUGAAAAGGCCUACACUCCUAAGUAUGUAUCAAUAGGGCCUUUUCAUUUUCUUGCCAAUGAAACAUUGAUAAACAUGCAAAAGCUUAAAAUGAAAUUUUUCAAGAUGUUUGUGGAAAAGGCUCAGGUAAGCGUGGAGGAAUUAGUAGGAGCAGUAAGUGAUAGCGCAGUUAACAUUCGUGGUUGUUAUGCAGGGACUAGCGAACUUGACAACCAUAAUUAUCUAAAAAUGAUCGUACUGGAUGCAAGCUUCAUUAUUGUGUUUUUCCUGAUCUUGUUCAAGCCUGCAGAAUGGGAGCAUAGAAGCGAGGCUUUUAUAUUAAAGUCACAGUUGAUGGAUGACUUCUUGUUGCUUGAAAAUCAACUUCCUUUCUUUAUUAUUCAGACAUUAUACAACCUUGCAUUUAAAUCUCAUUCAAACUACCCUUCCUUCGUCCAGCUUACCUUUAAAAUUUUUGCAGAUUACAACUCUCAGAAUAUGCCUCUCGAUCCCAAUUUGAAAAUAAUGCACUUCGUUGAUUUGUUAAGAACCUUUUUUCUACCCCAUAGGCUACCAGGUAGACUUGGUGACAGUGUUAUGCAUUUGUACACUGCGAGCCAAUUGCACGAGGCAGGAUUGAAGUUUAAGGUAAGUUCAAGCAAAUGCUUAUUUGACUUAAAAUUAACAAAUGGAGGGCUGGAAAUACCACGUCUUCAAGUAGAUAAUUCUACAGAGUGUUUAUUUCGAAACAUCAUGGUCUUGGAGCAAUUUAACUAUCGUUGGGAAAGUUAUGUUUCCGAUUAUAUUCGCAUGUUGGAUUUCCUUAUUGACACUACCAAAGAUGUGGAUUUACUGGUGCAAAAGAAGAUCUUGGUUAAUAAUUUAGGCGACAGCAAUGCAGUGGCAACUAUGGUCAACAAUCUCAACAAAGGUAUUUUGCUUGUAGACAUGAACAGUGAUUAUUGUCAUUUUUGUCAAUGUUUGAAUCUAUUCUAUGAGCGUCCUUGGCAUAGUUGGAAGGUUGCCUUGAGACGUGAUCAUUUUGGUAAUCCUUGGAGGACUAUAGCUACCGUAGGUGCUAUUAUCUUGCUGGUGCUCACUCUUGGACAGACUAUAUGCUCUAUUAUCUCAGUAGCAUAAAAAAAUUGAAGUUUGUGUAAUUUAGCUUCUCAGAUCAAAUGGAAAGUAAGGUGAGGAUCUUGUACAAGGGGCGGUUAAAGAAGACAUCUCUCAAUGUAAAUUUAGGUUCUCUUUGGAACAUUUAGUCUAUGUUUUAAUGUUGUUCGGUUGGUUUGUUGUGAUGUUUUAAUUGUGUAGUUUCUUCCUGUUUAGUUAGUGUGCUGUUUGAUUGUGUAGUUCUUCCUGUUUAGGGAGUAUGCUGUUUGAUUGUGUAGUUCUUCCUGUUUAGGAAGAGUGUGCAUCCAGUAUUUACUGGAGGGUUUGU